AAAAAAAAGAUCAAUGGAAAUGGGCCUUCUUGGAAAGGGGAGUGCAUGCUCGGAUGUUGGGUGUAUGCUGGUGGUUUUCUAGCCAAACAUUUGGGCCUGGGGCUGUGUUGCAGAGUAGAGAUUGUGUUGAAUCUCGAAGUUGCAGAAUGAGGUUGUGUAGAAUGAAGCAAUUGCAGGAAGAAGGGAGGUUGAAGAAUGAAGAAGAAAAAUGCAGAAAUGAAGACCGAGAAAUUGCAAAAUGAGAAUUUGCAGAAUGAAGAAUACUCCAAUCUGAAGAAUGAAGGUGUGUAUUUAUAGAUUUUCUUCCAAAUCUGUUAGAAAUGUAACUUAAAUGUAUGUCAAAUGCAAAUGAAAUUUAGGGAGUUAUUAUUUAGUUAGAAAUUCCCAAACUCUGUUAGUGUGGUUUUGAUUCUGUGUAUGCGAAACUGCAUAAGUUAUAGUGGACUCCAUUUAGAUUCUGUUUUCCAGUUAGCACUAGUUUAAAACGGCUUAAAUCGUGUUAGCCAAGUGUAUUAGGUUGGAUUCCUGAUGUUAGUGAGCUCAACCAGACACAGUCCAUGUCUUCAUCUCUUACAACAAUGGCAAAACCUAACCAUGAAAAAAAUGAAACAAAUCCAUGCUCACACCAUCACCAACAACCUCACUCGCUUCUCCUACAUCUCCAGCAGAAUCUUAGCCUUCUGCUCUUUCUCACCGCGCGGCAAUUUUCGCUAUGCAGAGACCCUUUUCACCCACAUGCCCAAUCCCAAUCUCUUCGAUUACAACUCCAUCAUCACCUCUUACACAACAAAUUCACAAUUCCACAAAUCACUCUCGGUUUUCACCAAAAUGCUCAACACCAACGUUCGCCCCAAUUCGAAUACUUUCACCGCCCUUGUAAAAGCAUGUGUUACACUUUCUUAUCUAGAACAAGUCUUUACUCUAUCCAUGAAAAUGGGGAAUUCAUCUGACGUGUAUUUCGUGAGCUCGGUUAUCAAUGUGUUUUCGAAACACGGAGCAAUACACCUUGCUCGUAACGUGUUCGAUGAAAGUUCUAACAGAAAUGUGGUUUGUUGGACGAGUCUCGUGAGUGGCUAUUGCAGUUGCGGGUUGGUUAAUGAUGCGAGGGAAUUGUUUGACGAAAUGCCACAGAGAAACGACGCGUCGUAUAGUGCUAUGGUUUCUGGGUAUGUUAAGAACGGUUUUUUCAGUGAGGGAAUUGAACUUUUUCGUGAAUUGAAGAAGAACAAGGGUUAUGCACGUGUGAGACCCAAUGGAUCACUUUUUGUGAGUGUUCUUAAUGCGUGUACCAUGGUGGGUGCUUUUGAAGAAGGGAAGUGGAUUCAUUCUUAUGUUGAGGAAAAUGGUUUGGAGUAUGAACUUGAACUUGGAACUGCUUUGAUUGAUUUUUACACGAAAUGUGGAUGGGUAAAGAGUGCAGAGCAAGUGUUUGACAAAAUGCCUGUUAAAGAUGUUGCUACUUGGAGUGCUAUGAUUUUGGGUUUAGCUAUUAAUGGGAAUAAUCUGAUGGCUCUGAAACUGUUUGAAAAUAUGGAGAAGGUUGGACCAAAACCUAAUGAAGUUACUUUCAUUGGAGUUCUCACAGCUUGCAAUCAUAAAAAUAUGUUGGGUGUAGCGUUGCGGUCAUUCGGAAUUAUGACUGAAAAAUAUGGCAUAACACCAUCCAUUGAACACUAUGGAUGUGUGGUUGAUGUUUUGGCUCGAAGUGGACAAGUAAUAAAGGCCUUAAGUUUCAUUAGAAAUAUGCAUAUUGAACCUGAUGGAGCUAUAUGGGGGUCUUUGCUUAAUGGAUGUUUGAUGCAUGGUUAUUUUGAAUUGGGACAGACAGUUGGCAAGUAUUUGAUAGAGUUUGAGCCUCAACAUAGUGGUAGGUACGUCCUUCUCGCAAACAUGUAUGCCAAUAUGGGUAAGUGGGAAGGUGUUUCUGAGGUAAGAAAAAUGAUGAAAGACAGGGGAGUGGUGAUUGUUUCUGCUUGGAGUUUCAUUGAAAUUGAUCAAACCAUCCACAAGUUUGUUGCUGAUGAUAAGUGUUGUUUGAAUUCAGGAGAAAUUUAUGAAGUCUUAAGUGACUUGGGAAGGAAAGUUGAGGAAUUUUCAGGAGACAAGGAUGCCCUUUUUUUCAUUUGAAAUUUGAAAGAAUAUCUUAUUUAUGGGUUUUGAAAGAAUAUCUUAUAAAAAUUUGUACUUUAUGGGUUUUGUUAAGGUUUGAAGAAGGAAGCAAGCCAGAAAGAUGUUGUUUUGAGUCUGGUUAUCGGGAAAGAUCAUCUACGGCUGAAGAUGAUGCCCACAAUACGGAGAUCAUCCUGGCCAUUAAUCACGCUCUGAUCAUGCGGUCAUGAUUCAUCCACUACAGUUAUGUUUUUGUCUCCUUAGAAUCCAAGAACACAACAGUAAGAGCCUAUAGAACAGAUCAUGUUUUUUUGUUUUUUUCAAGUAACUCUGGCUUUGGAAUCUAUUUAUAUAAAAAAAUGGUUCUGAGAAGUCUUGUAAUCCUUCCAGAUUUUGUUACCAAACAAAGCAGCUCUGGACCCACUUUGAGCUUUUCAUGGUUGGAAAGAUUUUGUAAAUAUGUUUCUUAUUCAGUGCUAGUUAGCAGUAGCAAAUUCAUUUCUUUAACCAAUUUUAACUUGUCAUAUUGAGAUUUUCAUUCAAAGUUGCAUGCUUUUAAACAACACUUUUCACCUUAUAACUCACUUCUGCCUUGGAUGGAUAUAAUUUUUAUGCAAACUGUUAGGUUGUAGCUCUACUGAUGGUGCAUAUCUAAUCAAUGAUGCUUUAAGUGUAUAUUGUUUACAAGCAGUUUGAUAUACUGAUGAUAUCUGCACUUUCAAUUCCGAUAAAUGAAUACAAAAUCAUCUUUAUUGACUGGUCUCCUUCCCACAAAAUCUGUUACUUUUUAUUUAGUGAAGCCAUUGUCUUUGUGCUGAUUGUUGUCAUCUGAACAAUAUAUGUUUUGGGGCAAGAUGAAACUAACCCGUCCAUGUUAUUUUCAUGUCAAUGUUUGAACGAAUAUUGUACGACACUGGAUCAUAUAAAGGUGUUAGUUUAGCUUCGGGUGAGGAUUUAUAUAGUUGUCGGCUUAUCCUAGACCUGUCCUUCACGAUUCUAUCAGCGCCGUCUUUGUUCCAAAGACUUUCAAGGAUACGCUUUAGAUGUUUAUUCAUUGUAGAGGAUAUAAAAGGUAGAGGUCUGACUAAAGUUCCACAUUGUUUAUGCGUAAAAGAAAUUAAGCAGCUCAGAUAUAAAAUGAAAGGACCUCUACUUGUGUCAGUUACGGAGCCGUGUGAUGAUGACAUAGCGAACUAUUCUUUCGCCUUUUACUAAAGAAUACCGUGUCAGCGUCAUAAUAAGCGGCAUACGCUAGUUUUUGGAAGAGUCCUCUUAACUGAGGUCUCUGCAAUAUUAGUUCAACUUUAUGUUUUGUUUUUUGGUAUUUCUUACUGUUAUUUAGUUCAUUUAGGUUUUAUUGUGUUUUAUUCUAUAAAAUUAUAAGCUUUGUAGUAUUAUGAAGAAGCAUUAACCUCAUAGUUGUCCUUAUACAUUAAUUUACACUCUAAUGAGAACUCAUCUGCAAAUGGUGUUAUAUUUAGUCACAUAUUGAAUCAUUGCAAUGAACCCAUUUGCAAAAGAGAUUGCUAAUGGUGUUAUAUUUAGUCACAUAUUGAAUCAUUGCGAUGAACCCAUUUGCAAAAGAGAUGACUGAUGUUGCAUUAAAUUUCAAAUCCAUAGCUCCUCUACCUAGUAUUAGGCCAACGAGAAUGAACCAAAUGGAUGUGGUCAAUGUACUCUUAAGAACUAACAUAUCUAAAAGUAUUUAGAUCUCGUUCAGAUGUACCCCACUAAAAAAUCUUUCCGUAUAAGACAUCGCCUAUGGAUGGUGAUGAAAAUGGGAAGAUUAUGAAGAACUAAUAAAAUUUCAAGAGAAAUUUCUUAUAACAUGUUGUUUCAAGGAUUAUGCUAUCUCAAACAUGUAGAGUCCAAAGUCCAUUUUACCAAAACCAAUUGUCUUGUAUGACACAUCUUGUAUCAAGCAAUCCUUAUCAGAGAAUAUACAAUAUCAAGAAGAAUAUCUUGCUAAUUUUGAUACCGAAACCUAGUUGAAACUAAACAAUGGCAGGCAUAAAACAUCAAUUAAGAUAAUAGAGUCAGUGAGACGUACACACUUCAUUAGAAAAUUCUGCUAUGGCCAUAUUACCUUAACCGGUAUUGAAUUUAUCCUAUAUUAUAUGUCGAUAACAUGUCUAAAGUAGAGCAUAUGUGGUCAGUGGCACCAUUAUAAAAAAAUCCGUAAAUCGAAUUUUCGGACUACAGAACAAUAGGAAGCAGAUUUGAUAGGUUGUGUGGAGGUCACUGUACAAGCCUGAUUCACACCGUGUGAGGUAACAUUAGCUCCUCCUUUCAAUGUGUUGGACUUGAGCAUUCCUUGAAUUUACGAUCCAGGUAUUGACAGCGUUAUACAUCAUUCAUGGUUUCAAUGACGCUGCGGUUGGCCGUGAAGUGGGUUGUGAGACGCACUCAUAAGGUAUACUUGUGAAGAAGAUUUACAUCUAUUUCAUCGUUGUUAUGGUACUUUUGUUGGCAGAUAUUAUUUUGAAGGUUGUUGAAAGUUGUGGCUUCUAGCAUGAUAUUCUAUGCCGUGCUUUGAAUAUCAUAAUCAUAUCACCAAGCAUAUGUGAUUUUUCACAAAUGGGAUAGUAUAAGAGACUAUUUUUAAAUUCUAUUAGUUGUCUCCUUUCCAGAGAAACUGUUUCUUUUGAUACUCAAGUGAAAUAUAAUGUUCGGCGGUAUAGCUCAGUUUGUAUACUUGAUAUGCUUGAACAAUUUGGUGGGGGUUUGAUAAAGUUAAAUUGAUCACCGUGCUGUGCAAUGAAGAGUAUAAUUUUUCAUUGGUGUUUUUGAAGGAAUGAAAACUUGCAAUGAAACCAAUAAGCAAAUGAACCUAGAAGGCCAACACAGUCUCACACCCAUCUAAUACUCAUAGGAACUCAUUUUCAAAGGAGAUGGAUGGUGUUGUAUCAUUAAGUAAUGGUGAAAAUAUGAACAAACCCAGUGUAGCAAGUUUUUGAACAAGAUUCUUUUGUAGCUAUAGCCAUGGUAGGUUUUGAUCAUGAAAUGGUGAGGUUUGUAAAGACUUACUUAAAACAAAGGAUGGAGCAUAUCAUUGGCUCAUAUAUAGCUCUUAUUUUCAAAGUGACAGCUGAAUGAUAAUGAUUUGCAGUAUUACAAAAAACAUUGACGUCACAGAUUGGAAAACAUGAUCAAACUCAUCAUUGCGAUGAACCCAUAGGCCAAUCAAGUUUGUGUAUGUGUUUAGUUUAUUGAAUUUUUUUGAUCUAUUAAUCACUAACUGGAAUUUUGAUUAGGGAGGGAUUAAUUAGUUGUUUGAUACACAAAUAUGUGGUUAAGUGGUUCAUCUUCAAAAGCCAAAAAUUGAUAACUCAUCUGCUCCCUCGUUAUUAAUCCAUUUGUAAUUUGUUUCUGAUUUCUCUACUUCAACACAAUUACUUUAUGUACUAUUUAUCAAUUGAAAGCCAGUGGGAAAUUGCGAUCCAGAUAGAUCACACUAUGCGUGAUAGAUAGAGAGACUAAAUAUACGUUCCAGGUGCGUGAUAGAUCGAGAGUACUCUUUGUUUCUUCUUUCAUUGGUGUUUGGUGUUUAGUAUUUUCUAAUAAAUGCCUAACUAGUAAUCUUUGUUUCAUCUUUCAUUGGUGUUUGGUGUUUAGUAUUUUCGAAUAAAUGCCUGACUAGUACUCUUUGUUUUAUCUUUCAUUGGUGUUUGGUGUUUAGUAUUUUCGAAUAAAUGCCUAACUAUUUAUAGUGCGUGCAUAACUUGUUGACUUGACUUGCGCCAGUACACUAAGGUAAAGCAUCUCUGUCUUGAACAGAUUCUUUUAUCUGCUAUAGAUUUUGAUCUGUAUUGAAUGACAAAUUACAAACAUAACCAAACUCACACCAUCUAAUACCCAAAAUGAACACAUUUGUCAUUUUGUGGCUGGAUUAGAAGAAAGUAAAUUUCAACAACUUUGGUACUGGUUUGGUGACUGGGCCAUUUUAUUACUGUAAUGUUAUUUUUUGCUGUAUAAUAUUUUCUUGUCUUGGUAUUUGAACAAGUUAGAUUUCUUUCUCUCAACUUUAUUCUUUGCGGUUUAAUAUUUGAUUGUCUUAGUUGUUAGAUUUGUUUAUGGACAAGAAUGAUGGUUGAGGACUUCACAGUAAAAUUUCCUAGUCCCACACUGCUAAUGAGAGAUAUUAGAUGACUUUGAAGUUAUAUAUGAAAGGAAGUUUGUUCAAUGUUAUAACUAUCUUUGCGCUUGGGGCAAUGACGCAGCUAGUGAGGUACUAACCGAGGCGCGUCUAUUGCUGGUUGAAAACUAUUUCCAAACCCCCUCUUAGGCUUGGGUUCAACUCAAGCCUUUGAGAAUUUUUGGAAGGACUCCCUUCUGGGUAAAGUCCUACAA